GUCACUCCAAACGUGACUGCACAGCGAAAUUCCCAAAUUCGACUUCUGCAAUAAUGUCACCCAACAGUCAGGGAAACUGACUCGCCCGCAUUCUGAGAGGGGGUGUGUGGGUGAUGUUGAAAAAUCCCUCAAAGUGGAUACAGAUUUGGAAGCUUUGUUCAGCUCCUUUAAGAACAUAUGUCCUGACUUCCAGAAAGUCGUCUUUCAAAAUACACAACGCGUUGAAUGCUCAGAUACACUUUUUUACACACCUGUCCGUAUUAAUGAUUCAUUCACUGUCAGUGCAAUGUUGGACACCGGCUCUAUGGCCUGUACGUUAAAUGAUUCAGUUGUCAGUAAACUAAGGGAACAUGGUGCUUUGGAUACUGUUAAGGAAGAAGAUACAGACGUCGUCUUAAUUGGAUGUGGCGGCAAACGAACAUUCCCAAAGUGCAUGCUUGCGCUUAAGCUGGACAUUUACGGCUGUGACGUUAUUGUCCCUUGUCUUGUUGUUCCAGGCCAAGGAGAUGAUCUCAUUCUGGGGACAAACGUCAUCAAACAUCUUGUUCACAGAUUAAAAGAUUCUGACAGAUAUUGGGAACUGAUCUCUACACCCAGUGGACAUAAUCCAGAGAGUGACGAGUUCUUGUCUAUGAUGGCUGGAGUAUGUCGAUGGAGGGGUGGAACUAUUCCAGAUGUUGUUGGUACAGUUAAACUUCAACACACUGUUACACUUUCGCCUGGCCAAGAGCAUCUUGUCUGGGGUAAACUCCCUCUUAAGUCCUGUAGCCAACCGGGCAGUACAGUUAUGGUGGAGCCAUCUAGACUUCGUUCUGCCUCCAGGAAUGUUUUAGUGUGUCGUGUUGUCACUCCGCUUUGGGGCGAUGGCUGGAUUCCACUUAACAUCAACCCUAGCGAUAAACCAGUAACACUGAAGAGAAACGCCAAAGUGGCCGAUGUUUAUCCCUGUAUUGCGUUGGAGGAUGUGUGCGAAACAAGGCCUGAGCUUCCACUUCGAUCGAGCAGUCAGCAGUCAGCAGCUGAGUCAGAUAAGUCUAAUAAACUGACCGACAGACUCUGUAAGUGUGGAUUAGUGACUGUUGAUUUGGAAAAGUGCGAAGUUUCUGAAUUCUGGAAGGCAAAAUUGUGUGACUUAGUGCUCGAGUAUGAGUCUAUCUUUUCCAGACAUUCUCUUGAUUGCGGUGAAGUCAAGGACUUUGUACACAGGAUUCGUCUGUUCGACGAAAGGCCGUUUCGCUUACCAUACAGACGAGUCCCUCCUUCACAAUACCAGGAAUUACGUGUUGCUUUGAACGAGAUGGAGGAGAGGGGAAUAAUUAGCAAGUCAGUCACUGAAUUCGCGUCACCUUUGGUUCUGUCUUGGAAAAAAGAUGGCAAUCUUCUGGCUUAA